AUGCCAGAAGUUUAUUUUAUUACUGGAGCUAAUCGUGGUAUCGGUUAUGCGGUCGUUGAAGAAUUAUCCAAAAGAUCAAAUGUCAAAAUCAUUGCAACAGUACGUAGCAUUGAGAAGGCCGAAAAUCUUAUCCUGUUAAAAAACAAGACAGGUAAUGUUGAACUUGUCACUCUUGACGUUUCUUCUGAGGAAAGUGUUGAUGCUUUGGAUGAGCAGUUGCAAAAGGUUGCACCAGAUGGAAUCGAUGUGUAUAUUUCAAACGCCGCCUACGUCGAUUGUUUGUACACUGUCAAGGAUGCACCACGUCGUAUUUGGAUAGAUCAUUAUAAGACCAAUGUGUUAGGUCCAAUUUUAGUUUAUCAAGUCUUGUACCCUUAUCUUGUCAAGAAGGAAACGAGAAAGAUCAUCUUCAUUUCAAGUCUGUCAGGCUCAAUGGGAAGUUAUUUUCCACUUUCCACUUCGGCAUAUGGUCAAUCUAAGGCUGCUUUGAACUACACUGGAAAGGAACUUAGUAGUGAAUUGCAAGCAGAAAACUUCACCGUUAUCUCGCUUCAUCCGGGGGUUGUCGCCACUGAAGCAGCUGAGGAAUUCAAAGCAAAACUCAACCCAGACCUUGUUCCAUUAAUUGAGCAGAUGUCGAUUACUCCAGCAGCAAGUGCAAUUAAGCAACUUGAAAUUAUUGACGGACUCACGAAGGAGUCAACCGGUAAGUUCUUCAGCUAUGAAGGUAGUGAAAUCCCAUGGUAA